GGAGGAGCCACAGUACACAGCAAGCUAGCCAGAUACACACAGCAAGUGGAAGCAUCUAAACCACAGACAAAACCAUCGCUGGAAAUUUUGAAGAGUCCUCGUUCACACACUCACUGACUCACUCACUCACCUACCAGCCAUGAGGAGGAGGUGGUGGUGGGGGGCUGUGGUGGUGAGUGUUGCGGUGGUGGUGGCGGUGCAGGGUACAGUGCUGCGGUGCAAUAGGCAGUGUACCUGUGAGGACAAGAAAAUGGCGUACAAACAUGAGUUCACUGUGGACUGUGACGCCUCGACUCUUGUGGAGGCGACGAUGACGGAGGAGCUGCUGGAUGUCCUGGAGGACCUUACCAGCAUAGCAUCACCCGGGGCUCUCGUCAGUGUGAAGGGUGGGGCGUCCCUCACUCUCAACGUCACCCUGGCCUUCCUCCAGCGGUGGCGUGAGUUUUCCAUGUGUUCCCUGGAGGUGACGGGCGCAGCACGUGUUGUGUUCCCCCCCUCCCUGUCUCCCACCAAGGAAAGGAAGAUUGAUCAGCACUAUGUCGGUCUGAAGCUAACGGGGGUUUCUGCCAGCGCGGUGCCUGCCGGUUUGUUCAGUGGCAAGUUGGCAGCGGGUCUGCUCCUCAAUAACACCAGUGUGGGUCUCCUUCCCGCGGGACUCUUCAGCGGCGUGCCUGCCCUGCACAGCCUCCACAUUGUCAACUCCACGGUGGGUGUGAUGGAGGGGCCGCUGGGGAACGCUAUGCUGCACACCAAGAUGUGGCAAGAAGAGGAGGAGCCUGUCAAGGUUGUCAACUCCACCGUGGGGCUGCUGAGUGGCGGGGCGCUGCAUCUCAAGAUGGAGAGGUACCAGCGGGCCACGCUGCAGGGCCUGUCUCUGGGCCGCGUGGCCUCUGGUGCCAUACAGGUGGAGGGCGGCGAGAUGGUGAUGGAGAAGUGCGCGGCGGCGCGUGUGGAGGCCGCCGCCAUACUGCUGGCGAAGAAAGCCCGCCUCCUGCUGAGGGACAACUGGCUCGCCCUGCAGCCGCACGCCUUGACGCAAAUCCCGUGCAGCCAGGAAGGCCACCGCAUGUACGACAACCACUUCUUUGUGCUGCUCAACGGCACUGCGAUCCCCGUCAGCCUCACCACUAACCAGACAGCAGCACCACCAGGAGCACAACUCAAGGAGGAGAUAGCAGAGAGGGAGCGGCUCACCGCCAUCCUCAGCACGGUCAUUCAUCCCACCUGCAUCACCUCCAACCUCGCCCCGCUGCCCACGUUGUCCCCGCUGCCAGCCUGGUCCCUCCUCACGCCCACCAAGAUGGUGGAGUUCGUCCUCAUCGGCCUCUUCGUGGGGCUAAUCAUGGGUGGCCUCAUCCUUCUCUGCUACAAAUGCUACAACCGCCGCCGCCGCCAGCCCCGCUGCGACGAGCCUCUCGUGGUGCAGCCCGUCGUGAUGAGCCAAAUCCCUCAAGACCCCAUCUAUGAGGAGUGCCUGCCCCCGCCCCUGCCGGCCCUGCCGCCCCCCUCCUGCCGCGAGGAGUGCUCCGCGUCCAUUGUAAAGAAUGAGUUUGGAAAGAACACUGUGGAAAACGAAUACUUAGUGAUGGACACUCCCCAACAGCGCCACCCACGCGACAUCCACACCCAUCUUCCUCCUGUCGCUAAUGUCGCCUUUCCCGCCCCGCUAAAUCACUGACACCACCACUGCCACACCAACACACAUUCCACCUGUACAUCCCCUAACAACAACAACAACAAUAACAAUAACAACAACACGUCAGCCUCUACACCCACUCACAAGGGACAACAAACAGUGACUCUCCCGUUGGAGUUGCUACACAUGAGCUGCUGAUGUGCAAAGUUUUCGCGGACUUGAGAUAUUAAAUGAUAAUAUUCCUAGCUUGCUGAGACACGAAGUUUCCGUGUUGUGAGAAUAUACAUGACUAUGCUCUCUCCACACGAUGGUUGAGCUAGACGGGCCACGCUAGUCACGCAUCUAAAGGUUCACUUCAAACUGUGUACUAAGGAUUGUAUGUUAAGAUAUAGGAUAUCUGUCAUGUCCUAGGAUUAGUUUGAAGUUAUAUUGAGUGUUUGCCAGAUCUCAUUCAGGUCAAUGUGCAGUACCUAGUGCCAGUAUUACAGGGAGUACAAAGGAGAUGACUGCUACAAGGAUGCAAGCGGAAGCGGUACUCCUCAACAGAAAGUAGUAGUAGUAGUAGUAGUAGUUAGUAGUAGUAGCCCAGUGUUAUCUUACCUCACAUGACUUACUGGGCUACUGUUACCAAAAAAGUUAAAUGGAUGAAUGGAUAAAUGAAUAGACAAAUAAUAAAAAAAAAAUAU